UAUGGCUCACCAGUUUUCCAUGGGCUUUGCUUGCUUGAACACACCUGAACACACCUGUGUUUCUCCAUGUUGGCUUGCUUGAAUUUCUGGACGUAGUCCACGAGUAGUAGUGAAGCACGUAGUUUGGGAACUACUGUUUUGUCUACGAAGUCAGCUUGCAGACGGUCAGCUUAGUUUGGUUUCAUACAAGCGACUACUGAAAGCGAGGCUUACGAGUCCUGAGAGGUGGUUCUUUAGCGGUUUUCCUGCUAGCUAGACGGAAGCCGAAGAGGUCGCAGACGUUGCCUCAGAAUUACAAUACGCUCGCGGAAGCUGGUGUCGCUUACGUUUUAGCAGACCCUCACACGUUGCCGUCAUGGUCCGAAGCGGGGGUUCGUUUGGCGAUAUCGAAGCUGGAGGAGGAGGGGGCUUGAGGUCCACAGCGUAUGCAUCCGAGCAGAGCAACGAGGAAGCGUUAAGCCAACUGGAGGAGAGGGCUAGGCUUAUAAAAGAGUUGACUAAAGACAUUCAUGGCGAGGUUCAAUCACAGAAUCGUUUUCUGGAUGGCAUGGGUCUGGAGAUGGAUACUGCUCGAAGAAUGCUUGCAGGAACGGUGGAUCGUUUUACCAAAGUGUUCAGUUCAAAGCAGAAUCGUGGCGUGGCAGCAGUAGUGGUGUCAUGCGUAACACUCUUCUUCAUCCUCUACUUCUUCACCAAGCAAUGACAACCCUGGGUCCAGAAUGCAUAACUGUACUUACCCCUUCAACCCUAGAUUACAGUGUCACUUACCCUUUCUUAUUUGGAAUGGAACACAUAAAACCGCUGUCAGUGUAGUUCUAUGUAAUGGUCUUACGCAACAAAUUGCUUUCAAAGUUUUGCUCGCUGCAUAGAAGCUUGGCUUUAUGAUUUAUUAUCUGAAACUAGGAGCGUUUGUACUAAUGAAAUGUGAAUGUUUGA